CAACAAUCUCCCCCCUCAGUUGACCUCUGAGCGUCUGGCAUUUGCAUCAUGUCGCGCCCCUUUCCCUACGCGUACAUCUCUUGCCCGUGUGCCAAUACCCCCGUGCCAGAUCCCUCCAGGAAACGGAGAUCCAGGGAAUCGCCCCAGAAGAGCAGCCCAGAGAAACCCCGGGUUGAGCCUGAAAUAGAUGACGAUGAGGAUGAGCAGACCUUUGACCCGCGAUCUACAAGGUCCAACUUCUCCCUAUACCCACCGGAGCAGCUUCUCUAUUGCGAGGACUGCCACCAGAUCAAAUGCCCGCGCUGUAUUACAGAGGAGAUCAUAUGCUGGUUCUGCCCCAAUUGUCUGUUCGAGACACCUAGUAGUAUGGUCCGGGGAGAGGGAAAUCGAUGCGGCCGGAAUUGCUACGCUUGCCCCGUCUGUACUGCCGCCCUGACGGUCUCGACGAUAGAUACUACAGGACAACAGGGCCCCUGGGUGUUGGCGUGCUCAUACUGCAUGUGGACCACGCUGGAUAUCGGUAUCAAGUUUGACAAACCCACCAAUGUCCGCAAUCAAAUCACCAAAAUACUCGCCGAUGCGGCGGCCUCGGCAUUAGGCACUCCUCGCACGCGACAGAUGUCCAAGACCUUCAGCGAGCUUAAAUCCCCGUUAUCUACUUACUCUUCAAUUGACGAACAACUCCCGCUACCAGGAGAGAGCGGCGGGGAUGAGUCCUCUGCAACACAAGCAAUUGCUGCCAAUGGGCCCCUCACACCGGACGCACACUUCGCAGCUUUAAAGAAUUUCUACAAAGGUCAACUCGCAGCCGUGAACGCCGCAUCAAGCGAUCCGCUAGGGGACUUCAGCAGUGGGUUCUCCUCUCCCGGCGCCAUCAACCGCCUCAUGUCAAUCUACGCUUCGUCCUCCCGGCUCAGCGGUCUCUACGGCGGCUCCGGCAAGAAACCCAAACCAAAACCCCCCGUGAUGAGAGAGGCUCUCAAUUCAAGUGAGGGCCUUUCCAUCCCCGCGCCUGACUGCGAAGCAUCCAUGAUCCAACGUAUGGUCUCCGACGACUGCGGCUGGGACGGGCUAGCCUCGAUCGAACAGCGUGCGGACCAAUCCCCCGACGCCCGCUUCGUAGAGGACCUCUUCCCAAAGCCCAUUCUGCUCCGCACGAGACGCUCCAAGCGUUGCAAAUCCUGCAAGCACAUCCUCGUCAAACCCGAAAGCAAGCCAGCUUCAACCCGCUUCCGUAUCCGUUUGAUCGCUCUCAGCUACAUCCCGCUGCCGACAAUGCGCCCGCUCAUCCUGCCUCCUUCCUCCUCCUCCUCCUCCUCCUCCUCAGCACCCUCAUCUCUCCUAUCAACUUCCCCUUCCAACUCCCCCGCGCCGAACCUAGACGCUCUCCCCCCACUGAAACCCAUCCAGCUCCUCCUCACGCUGAAAAACCACAUGUUCGACGCCGUCCGCGUCACUCUCGCCACACCGUCCGUCACCCCCGGCCGCGUUGCCUCCAAGGUCACCAUCCUCUGUCCGCAAUUCGAUAUCGGCGCGAACAGUGACGUCUGGGACGAGGCGCUCCAAGCGGCCGCUGCUGCCCCGGAUCAGCGCUCCUCGCGCGGUGCUCCCUACGAAAAAGUCGCAGAGGCAGGUAAAGUUUGGGAAAAGGGACGCAAUUGGACUACUGUUGUGCUUGAAGUUGUUCCGGGAACGUUACCGGGGCGUCGAUUACCCAAAGGCACGGGAACCACAGCCGAGGAAUCUAGCGAAAUUUUUAACAAGACCACUAAAAACGACGACGACGACGACGACGAGGAGGGUGAUAAGAACAGCAACGAUGAUGACGACGACGACGAUGACGAUGACGACGAUGACGACAGCGAGAGCAAGAACGAUAACGCCGCCACGCUAGACUGGAGCGGCCAGGCCAAAGACCCCAGUCUGCAGCUCCAGCCGGACGAGGAUAUCCUGGAGAUUCCGGUCUUUGUGCGAAUGGAAUGGGACUCGGAUAACCAGAUCGAGCACGACCAGGCUGUUCCUGCUGCUGUUGCCGGACGCGGGUCGAAUGCAGAUACAGUCAAGAGGGAGUUGGCAUACUGGAUGGUGUUGGGGGUGGGAAGAAUUCAAUCCUAACUUCGGGGUAUUUUCCUUGCGUAUUUAGUUCUAGUUUAUACCCUUACUUGCACUUAUAUACAAUAUAUAGUUAGCUAAUACAUACAUAUCUACC